AAGGGGGUUCUAAAACCCAAGGGUAAGUUGAGUGAGGGGCGACGGAGGGGGUUCUGAAACCCCCCAUGGGUAAUUCGAGUGAGGGGCGAAGUGAGGAGGUUCUGAAACCCCAAGGUUAAGUUGAGAGAGGGGCGAAGUGAUGGGGUUCUAAAGCUCCCCAAGGGUACGUUGAGUGAGGGGCGAAGUGAGGGGUUUUUGAAACCCCAAGGGUAAGUCGAUUGAGGGGUGAUGGAGGGGGUUCUGAAACCUUCCAAGGGGUAAGUUGAGUGAGGGGUGAUGGAGGGGGGUCUGAAACCCCCCAAAAGUAAGUUGAGUGGGGCGAAGUGAGGGGGUUCUGAAAUCCCAAGGGUAAGUUGCCCGCUUCCCGCUGCCCGCUGCCCGCUGCCCGCUGCCCGCUGCCCGCUGCCCGCUGCCCGCUGCCCGCUUCCUGCUCCCCGCUUCCCACUGCUCGCUUCCCGCUGCCCGCUUCCCUCUGCCCGCUUCCUGCUGCCCGCUGCCCACUUCCCGCUGCCCGCUUCCCGCUGCCCGCUUCCCGCUGCCCGGUGCCUGCCUCCCGCUGCCCGCUUCCCGCUGCCCGCUUCCCGCUGCCGGGUGCCUGCCUCCCGCUGCCCGCUGCCCGCUUCCUACUGCCCGCAUCCCACUGCCCCUCUGCUGCCCGCUGCCCACUUCCCGCUGCCCGCUGCCCGCUGCCCGCUGCCCGCUGCCCGCUGCACGCUUCCCGCUGCCCGCUUCCCGUUUCCCGCUGCCCACUGCUCGCUUCCCGCUGCCCGCUUCCUGCUGCCCACUGCCGACUUCCUGCUACCCACUGCCCGCUUCCCGCCACCUGCCGCCCCCUGCUCGCUUCCCGCUGCCAAGAACAGUGUUUUUUUGGCGAACAGUAGCUGAUUCUGGGAUUGCAGACUUGCAAAUCACUUGAAUUCCCCAGUCAAAAAGUGCCUGUCUUUCCUCGUCGCAAGCUGCUCGCCCAAAACCGUCGUAGAAACUCCGUGCGAUGCACACAGUGUUUUUACACAAUCCGCAUCUAAAUGAUCGUGUCGCAACAAACAGCACAACGAGUUCUUUCGCCAUUCCUCCAAUCAGCAAGCUUGACCAGAAUUUGUUUCGACGCACUUUUCUUGUUCAUGCUUGAACUCGAAGCUGCCUUCCAUUCUAUACUUAGACGGAUUUCAAAACACCACAUUCAAGUGGUUUCCAGGUCUGCCAUUUUAACCGCCGGCUUUAAGUGCCCAAUUAAAUGUAUAUCGUAUC